GAUAAGAGUUUAUUCAGAUUGGGGACGCCGCCAAGGGGGACAGCAAAUGAGUUUCCAAGAUAGGAAUCAUGCAAUCAAGUGGAAUGCUAUUCAGCAAGAAAAACUGGGAGGAAAAGCAGCCUGGCUCAUGGAACCAGACAGGCCUUCAGAAUUGGACAGCAGUAUGUAUGAUUGGCUCUGUGGUGCUCAGGUCUUCAAGCUACGCCACCAGUUUCCUAGGUCUCCAGCUUGCAGAUUGUGGGACUUCUCAGCCUCUGUAAUUUUGCAAGCCAAUAUCUCACACUCUCACUGUGCCUAUGCUUUGCGAAACCCAAUGGCCUGUGACAGGGUAGCUUUCAUUUUGGGAGGCUCAAAGAACGGUGGACUUGCCCGCUGUGCUCCGCUGGAGGGCGCUGGAGGACGGACCGCGGAGCGCCUGGGCCGGGAGAGCGGCGCAGGUGCAGCCGGCCUGGCCGCCCUGGGCGGCGGUGUCAGCAGACCAGGGCCUCUACGCAGCUGUGCAAACCGAACCCUGAAAGGCUGCCCUGGCCCUGAUGGAUGGGCCGGAAGGCGGUGGUGUCUGGCUGGAAGCUGGAGAGGGGCCUACUUGGCGGUGCUGCGCUGGGCAAGGCGCGGGUCCAGGAGGGGCGGUAUCCACUGCACGGUCAGCCCGCGGGUGUCUGAGUCUCCGACCGCUGGGCUUCGCCUGGCCUUUCCAUCAGCCUGGUCCCUCGUCUGGUCUUCCCUGUAG